AUGGUCAAUCUGAACAGAACUCCAUUGCACUGGACAGAACUCAAUAAGAAAAAGUUACAUCGAGUUAACUUGGUCCGAGAGACCGGGGAAAAAGUGAAAGUAAUUCGGGACAGUUUGAAAGCAGCUUUUGAUCAUCAAAAGUCCUACACUGAUUUGAAGCGAAAACAAAUAGAAUUUCAAGUUGGUGACAAAGUACUCUUGAAAGUGUCGCCUUGGAAGAAAGUUCUCCAGUUCGGUCAUAAAGGAAAACUGAGUCAAGAGUUCAUUGGACCAUAUGAGAUUACAAAAAGAAUUAGAUCGGUUGCUAAUCGGUUAGCUUUACCACCAGAACUUGAUUGGAUUCAUAAUAUUUUUCAUGUGUUUAUGUUACGACAGUACCAAAAUGUUAUUUCUCUGGCAGAGGUAGAGAUUCAGCUUGAUAUGACAUAUGGUGAAAAACUAAUCAAAAUCUUAGCUCAGGAAAUGAAUGAGUUAAGAAAUAAAAAUGUAGCUUUAGUAAAAGUUUUUUGGCAACGACAUGGUAUUGAAGAAGUCACUUGGGAACCAAAGGAUGCUAUGAGGAAGUAA